GGGCGCGCACAAAAGAGUUUUUUAAUAAUAAAUUUGUCCCAUUAUUUAGAAGUCGAAAGGUUGCUCGUUUAAUUGAAAAAUGGUUUUAUUUCAAAAACGUUCUACAGAUCUCCAAAAGACAGUUCCAUCGAUACUUACGAAGAGUUUAUCAGCUUCAAAAUUUUCUAAAUUAAAAAUACCGACUGAGGAUGAUAUUCAAAAAUUUAUUCAAUGCUUGGAAAACUCGCCACUUUCAGUACAUGACGAUAAUGAUCAGAAAAGCAUAACUUUUAACAAUUUAAUGCAAUUUCCUAAAACAAUUAUUUCCUUUCUCCAACCUGCAACAUUUUUUCUCGCACACUCAGAAUGGCCACCACGUUCAUUUUCGGACUUGCAAGUGCCAAUCGGGACAAUAAUUGAUUACAUUACAUUAAAGGCUUCUUAUGCUCGAAAUCGUAUUGCUAUGGCUAAAUAUGAUACGACAGGGAAUGGAACUUUAAGCAGAGAGGAAACUUUUGAGAUUUGCUAUAUAAAUACUGUCGAGUCUUUUUGUUUCUUUUUUCUUGAUCCAAAACAUUGGGGGAAAAUUAGAAUUACCGAUUUACUUGUCAGUGGUUUCUUGGAAACAGCUUUUGGACUUCAAAACAACUUUGAAGACUACGAAAAUUGGUUUGUUUUUUUAACAUUUAGAAUUAUUUCUUUUAAAGGUUUUCCCCUGAAAAAACUCAUGAAAUGAAUUCACUUUUC